AGGGGCAGGGCGCGCGCUGAUAUAAACUCUCACGAACUUCCUCAUCUUGCACUUCUGCAGCAGCCCUCAGUUCAGCUCCUGACUCCAACUCACACGCGCGCAAAGAUGAGCUGGGACAGUUACAUCCAGAAUCUGACCAAGAGCGACUGGCUGGAUGACGCCGUCAUAGUGGGACACACGCCCGGCCAGGAGUCCGUGUGGGCCUCGUCGCCGGGGGGCUGGCUCAACGGAGUCACGGCGGCGGAGGUGAAGGCGAUUGUUGCGAGUGACCGCAGUGGUCUUUUUGCUAACGGAGUGACUCUGGCGGGGAAGAAGUGCACGGUGCUGAGAGACGCUCUGAAUGUCGACGGUCAGAACACCAUGGACGUCAAAAUGAAAACAUCAGACAAAGAUCCCGACCCAUUCCCCUUCACCAUCGGCAAGACCAUGAAAGCUCUGAUUAUAGCUAAAGGAGUGAAGGAUGCCCACGGUGGAAAGGUCAACCCUCCUGUGUUUGACAUGACCGCAUACCUCCGAAAAAUGAACCUCUAAACACACAUUUACAGUCUCACACACAAACACACACACACACAUACACUGACUGCCUGUCAUUCACUGCUGUACACACACACACACACACACACACAUACAAAUACACCCUUCCCUAGCAGCAGAGAGGAGAGUUCUGACUGAGGAUCAGCUGAGUGUGUGUAUGUGUGUGUGUGUGUGUGUGUGUGUGUGUGUGUGUGUGUGUGUGUGUGUGUGGGUGAUUGGUCUAAGGUCAGUUCUCUCUCUCUCUUUUGCUUCCCUUUCUACACACACUGCUGCCUGCCCUCCUCACACACAUACACACAAACACACAAUCUGGCCACUCCACCGCUUCAGGUGGUGCGUGGAGGACAAGCUGCAGCCAGUCAAAGAUCAAUGGUUUAUUUACUGAUCAACUGAUGGUACGUGUCAUUGGAUGGGUGGAGCUUCAUCUCAGGCUGUUUAUUUGUUUGUUUAUUUGUUUGUUGGUUUGUUUAGAAGCUGUUCUGAACAAAUCUGCCACCUGGCUGCCAAAUAAAGAGAUUAGGUUUUUACCGAGA